GUACUGCUUGUGGCUUUAUUUUGGAUUGACGUGACGUGCGUGCUCGAUAUUUGAGUGCACUGUGCAGUUUUUGAUAUUGGUAUUAAAAAUUAACGAUAAAUUUGGCCAGUGAAGAUUUUGGAUUACUCGAAGAUAUAAAAAUGGCUCUAGGGGGCGGUAUGUCAUGUGUGAAGUACCUGCUUUUUUGUUUCAAUCUUUUGUUCGCGGUGACCGGCCUGAUCAUUCUGAUUGUGGGUGCAAAAGCCCAAAUCAGUUUAUCACCUUAUGUAGAGCUGACGGGUGAAAACUUCUACAUCUCAGGGCCAAUAGUGCUAAUUAUUGUUGGUGUGAUUGUAUUCAUUGUGGCCUUCUUCGGAUGCUGUGGAGCAUUCAAAGAGAAUCAUUGUAUGAUUGUAACGUUCUCCGUGUUCCUACUGAUCAUCUUCGUUGCUGAGCUGGCUGUGGGCAUCGCUGGAUACAUGAAGCACCAGGACUUGGAAGACUCAAUCAUGCGCAACUUGAACGCCACCAUCAAGGAGUACCCCAACAACCCGGACGUGAGGAAGACCUUCGACAUCAUCCAAACUGAUCUGAAAUGCUGCGGCAUCUACGGUCCUGGAGACUGGACGAACAACAGUAUCCCGAUACCGGAGUCUUGUUGCUCGGCGCAGGAGAUCAAGGCGGGGGCCCCGGUGCCCUGCGACGAUAACAACAUACACAAGGCGGGCUGUUUCGGUAAACUCGUCGACUUCCUAAGGAGCGUUGCCUUGCUAUUGGGCGGGGUCGGACUGGGCAUCGCUAUAAUACAGCUGCUGGGGGUGAUAUUCGCGUGCUGUCUCGCUCGCUCCAUCCGUAGUCAAUACGAAACUGUAUAAGUCAACAAGGCUCAAGUGAUUCACAUAUUGUAUCGGUGUCUAUAUUGAACAAAUAACCUUUCUUCAAACUUAUACAUAUUAUACAUACACUUUACAUGUGAUUUUUACCAAGUUUACCUUUACGUACCUUUCAUAUUUUUUUUAUAUUUGAGAAUUUUUAUUUUUUUAUAGUUUUAUAACAUAAUUUUUAUUAGAGAUGGGCUGACCAAUGGGUAAUUUCGGUAAUAUGAACUUUGGGUACAAUCAGUCACUCGUUUAAAAUUUGAUUUUGAAAUUAGUCGAGUGGGCUAAUUUAAAAAUCCAUCGCAAUCCUUUUUAAAACGCAUUAUGGAAAAAAGUAACGUUUUAGUUACAUUCGCUUUCGAAACAAAGUUGAUUUAUAUAAUCGGUAAUUCAAUAUCUUUCAAAAAAGCGUCGUUGACUUAAGCACAUUAAGACGUUUAUAUGAAUUAUUAAAAAAAAAACUUUUCUGCUCUCAAGAACAAUUUUGGUUUUGCGGGCUACAAGAACACAUAUACCUCGAUUCAUGAUAUAUUUUUUUAAUUUGUUCAUAGAAUUUUUUAUUUUAAUUAUAUAAUAAACGCAAGAAUCCGACAAACGAAUGUGGAAAUCGUCGGAAUUACCAAUUAAUUAGCUGUUGGAAAUCGACCCAUCUCUAAUUGAAUAUAUUUGUUUCAUAUUUAAAACACUAGAGUUACCAUAUCGACGGUUAAUAAAGGAAUAAAUAUUAUAUCUGAAUUCAAUCAAAGCGGAUUCCAAACAUGUCGUUCGGUUCAUUGACCUUUCAACCGUCGAUAUAUUCUUGAGACAUUAUUAGGUAUAGUAUUAUUGUGAAUGUUAAGGACUGUGCACCAUAUAGAAUCUUCACUACGUGGCUCAGGGUAGAAGACUGAUUUUUCCUUAGAAGUGUUUGCGGAACGCCAAAUCAAUUCAACUCCAAUUAUUGUUACCUUUUACAAAGUAUACGUAUUCUCGAUUUACUAUUCAAAAACGUAUUAUAAUCUUGAUACCCUAUUGUAAGUCCAAUUAUAUUUAGCUGUGCACAUUGAUAUAGAUUUCAAGUUUCGCUUUAUUACUCUCUUCAUCUUGUACGCUAGUAAAAAAAAACAUAUUAGUCUCUUGAUCUCGACAAAUCAUAAAGCGAACUUUGAAUAGGUGUGUUUUAGUAACCGAAAAUGUUUGUAGCUAAUUGUAAAGACGUGUAUUCAAUAGAUGGCAAAUAUCAACCUAAGGAACUCGCCUUAUUAUUUUAAUUUUGCUUCAAGAAUUAAGACUGAAAACAACAGUAACGCAACAUGCGUUUGAGAAAGACAUUGAUAUGGUAACAAACUUUUCUUAAGUAUAGGAAUUUAUAUUUGGAGUCUCUUCAAAUUAUUUGAAAUAAUUUGAAGCAGCGCUAAUAAACAUUUUAUUAUCGUUCUCUUAUAUUUUGUUAUCAUUAAAGCUGCCACAGAUCAGUGUAACAAAAGUAUUAAUGUACGCUGAUCUCUCUGUUGUCACUCAGCAUUUGCUCUUCUAAUGGAUCCACGACUUUACGUAUUAAGAAUAUUUAUGUAUUAAGUGAAUGUAUUUUUAGUUCAGAAUAAACUAUUGCUGC